AUGCUGUCUUUCACCGUCGCCGGAGGCGGUAUUUCCGGGCUCUCGACGGCAUUCCACCUUGCUCACCGGUUUCCACCUACAUCCGGCGCACGUAUCACCCUCAUCGAGAAGGCUUCAAGGCUCGGCGGAUGGGUACAGGCAGAGCGGGUCAAGGUGAAGCACGCAGGCCAUGAAACAGAGAUAUUGUUAGAAAGUGGCCCAAGGACGCUGCGUCCGAACUCGAAAGCGAUCUUGGAGCUCGUCAACCUCCUCGAUCUCACUUCUUCCCUCCUCACCGUUCCCCAAACCGCUCCGGCCGCACUGAAUCGCUUCCUACACAUCCCUGGGACGGGUGGCCUUACUACCAUCCCCACCUCUCUUUCGCUUCUCGUUCGUUCGCCCCUCGCCAAGCUCCUGGUCUCCUCCGUGGUGCGGAAUGCAGCGUUUUCAUUUAAACUUGUCUUUUUCACAGAUGUCCCCGCCGAUGAAUCCGUCGACGCGUUCAUGACGCGUCAUUUCGGUGAAGACUUCGCGCGGACACUAGGCAGCGCGCUAGUGCAUGGCAUAUAUGCGGCCGACUCGCGGCUGCUCAGCGUUCGUGCUGCAUUCCCAACGCUGCGGGAUGCAGAAGAACGUGGACGAGGUAGCCUUGUGCGUGGGAUGUUCGUCGCACCGAAAAAGGUCGCAAGCGCAGGGCAAGACUCGUAUGAAAUCGGUGGGGUCGAGGAGAUGAUGAAGGGCGUGAGCGUAUACUCGUUCAAGAACGGAAUAGAACUCCUCACAACAGCGAUGGAGGCAUGGUUGAGGGCUAGGGAGAAUGUCGAGCUGGUUGUUGGGGAGGAUGUCUCAGCGUUGAGAAGAGAUGAUCAAGGACGCCAGUUUGAGGUAACGACUUCAUCCGAAAGACGGAUCACCUCGUCACACUUGCUCAGUGCACUACCACUCCCUGUCCUUCAUCGCAUACUCUCAAGACCCUCCCCCACAUCGGUUCCGAGCUCCCUUCCAGAGCUGCCCCAUCUCCUUGCAAAUCCUACCUCGUCUGUCACGGUUGUCAAUCUCGUCUUUCCCCCGUCAUCCAACCCCAUCCACCCCGCCGGCUUCGGGUACCUCGUACCCCGGUCCGCGACCGACUACCCGCGACCUCCCUUGGAGUACUCGGCACGGUACUCGGAUCCAGGCUUCACGAAAGUGACGAUGAUGCUCGGAGGCCCAUAUCCCAACGCUCCCACUCCUUCCCCCAAUGCUCCGUCUUUUAUCCCAACUCUUCUGUCAACAUUGCAGCGACAACUCGGUCGAGCAGAACCUCUACCCGACCCGUGCGUCAUACGUAUCCGGCAACACUCGGACUGCAUCCCGACUCCUGGCGUAGGCCACAUGCAACGCGUAGCCAAGCUACAUGCGGCGGUCAGAGAGCGGUGGGGGCCGAACGCGGUACUUGUAGGGGCGGGUGGUGGGCGGCGGGCGGCGCUGACUUUGCAAGUCUGA